GCGGUGAUCAGAGGAAAAUUGGUGCUACGACUUAGAAAACAUAGAUAGAGCAGACAAUACUUUGAGAUUACACAGUCUCCUUGUAAAUUAAUUUGUUAUUUUGACCUGUGUUCUUUUGUUUAGUUACCCCAGUUAAGUGUGCUUUUACUGAAAUAACUGAAACAACUCGGCCGGCUUCGUAUUUGGUACUCGCUGGGUGGGCUUUAUCCCCAUUUCCCAGCUAGUUAGCUAGCUAGCUGAAGGUGCUAGGUUAGCUAGCUAGCUAACUAACUAACCGUGAACAGCAGCUGCUCGACCGUUAUCAGCCAGUAUUCAACGCAUCAUUUGAACUGAGAACAGAGUCAUUGUUGGUCUGGAGAAAGUUUGUUCUGUGUCUGAAAUCAGUCAUGGAGAGCGAUGCUGGCUUAGAAGAGAAGAAUGGAGAUGUUGCCGUGGAUAAAGUUGAACAGCCAGCAGCCACGACUCCUUUCAGAUACUCCAAGGAUGAGCUUUUGGAAAUAAAAGAACUGCCAGUAUCCAAUGAACGGCCAGACUGUCUCUCUGAUAAAUAUGACAGUGAAGGUGUCUGGGAUCCUGAGAAGUGGCAUGCCUCCCUGUAUCCCACGUCAGGGCGUAGCUCUCCAGUGGAAGGUUUUAAGAAGGACUAUGUGGAUGACAGAGUUCCUUUGAAACGAAGAAUCCCAGAUCCUCGUGAGCGGUUAAAGGAGGAUGAUCUGGAUGUCAUACUGAGCCCACAGCGACGCAGCUUUGGAGGUGGAUGUCAAGGCAACGCUGCACUUGCACCCCAUGUCCGUCGCCCAAUCAGCCCCCUUGAAAAUAAGGAGAAUGAGAGUCUCCGUCUAGGAGGAGCACGCAGGAUCGGCAGCGGCCGUAUAAUUGCUGCACGCGCAUUUGAGAGAGAAGCCCGGGUAGAGAAAGAGAGGGAACGAGAGAGAGACUUCAAAGAUAAAAGAUUCCGGCAGAGGGAUUUUGGGGACAAACGUGUGUUCAGUGAAAGGAGAAGGAAUGACUCUUAUGCAGAGGAGGAGCCCGAGUGGUUUUCAGCUGGUCCCACCAGCCAGUCUGAGACAAUUGAGCUCAUUGGAUUUGACGACAAAAUCCUUGAGGAUGAUAGGCGCAAUAAGUCCAAGCGAUCAAGAAAGCGGGCAGAGUCCAUCAGAGAAGCUGUGGAAUGUAACGGUGGACAGUCAGAAGAGCAAGAUUCAGGAUUGCGUCCUACUGCCGAUCAGGAGGUUCCCCACCCUGAUGUCCUGCCUGAGCAGACCACUGGAGACUUUGACUUCAAUGAGUUCUUCAAUCUGGAGAAGACCAUGCCAGGAUUGGCCUCUGCGCCUUUUUCUGUCUUGCAGAUGAUCGAGGAUGUUUUGGGGGAUGGACCUGUAUCGGCUAGCCGCUUCAGUCAGUGGUUCUCCAGCAGCCUGAGCCCUUCAGGAAGCCGGUCCAGCAGCCUGAGGUCCACUCCCCACGAGGAGCUGGAAAAACUUGCAGGGCUGGAGCCACGUGGCCCGUCCUCUAGCCAAGGCCCCGUCUCAUACUUCACACCUAUUCAAUCAUCGGAGUGCAAGGAGAAGGUGGACAUCCUGGAGCUGCUGCACAAGGCCAAAAUAGACCUGAAGCCUCUUCUUUCCACCCUGUCUGUGAACAAGGCUCGACUACGGGAAAGCACUAACUGUGGAGCGGUGCUCUCUCUGGAGGAAGUGGAGGGAGGGAUGAAGGGGAUGAAGCUGAGCUCAGAACCCCAGGUGCGAAAGGUGCCGCCUCCGCAGAGAGGAAACGGCACGCCCUUCAUGGCGCAGCAUCUAGAGGAGGCUUUAACAGGGGCCCCCAGCGUCCGGCCCCGCUCACGUGACACGGACAUGUCAGCCUUUAAUAAUCUGGUCAGCAGCAUGAAGGCAAGUGGAACUCUGCCAACUCACCCCAAAACCAACACAAACAACCAGCAACAUUCAGACCCAGCUGUGGUUACACUGUCUGAAGCUCAGCAGCAGCAGCAGCAGCAGCAGCAGCAGCAGCAGCAGCAGCAGCAGCAGCAGCAGCAGCAGCAGCAGCAGCAGCAGAAGAACAUAUUCCAGGAGCUCCUGGGAGGGCCUCCUCGUAGUAACUCCCCUAUACUGCUUGGACAUCUAUUGGGAAACUCUCAGGGCCCAAGUGCACCGCCCUCUCUACAUGGCCUGCUACACAAAGGCCCAUCACCCCCUCUUUUUCCACAGAGGGCCCCCUCACCUGAAUACUACACCAGUCGCCUGCAUCCUUCAGGAGGCUUCUCUGUUAGUCAUCAGCCCAUGCUGCCAGAACACUUUGAUGUACACAGGUCUAUCAGUCCGGGAUCUGCUGUACAGCAACAGAUGAGAGCGCUCUCCAUGCCGGUGAAUCAGGCGGAUCUGGAAGCUCUGGCCUAUCAACAGGACCUCGCUCUACAUGGCCACCACUCCUACCAUCCUGGCUACAAGCAACAACAGGAUAAAUUAUUUCGCAAUAGACUGCAGCAUGUCACUCGCUCCCCUGGUCCAGGCCCUCAGCCUGCUGGAAGAAACUCUCCAGGCAACCCUGUCACCAGCAUGCUGUCUCCAUCAUUUACACCAACAUCUGUGAUCCGCAAAAUGUACGCUACAAAAGAGAAAAACAGAGAUGAACAAUCGUGUCGUUCGGAUAACAAGGAGGACCAGGCAGGACACCCUCAAGAAGACUGCAGCUCCCCAAAUCUAUACCUGGAGGCGAUGGACAGGAACAAUUCCCAUUCUGGGGAUUCAAAGGUGGGCUCGCAUAACAUGCCAAGCAAGGACCAGGAUUGUCUCAGGCCUGGCUCCGCUGGGCACCAUCCUCACAGCAUGGCUCCACCAGGACCCUCAUCUUUCCCUCGUCCUAUUUAUUCGGUACCGCUGCUCCCCCAUGUGCCGAUGGCGCGCCCUCCUCCACAGCUCCACCCAAACGUGGUUCAAAGGAUGCUGGCACAAGGUAUCCAGCCCCAGCAGCUUGGACCUGCUCUUGUUCAAGCAGGUAUAUUCCCACAACACAUUGACCUUGCCCAACUCCAAGGCUUGCCUCCUGCCCUGCUUGGACAACAGCUGUACCCUCUAAGUGCAACAGGGCAUCCCCUUCUACCUCCCAGAACCAAUACUCAGAUGCAGUUAGCAGCAAUGCAGCAGCAGCUUCAGCAACAGAGACCAAUGCAUCAUGGUGUCCCAGGCUCUCAGACACAGAGCCAUGGCCCUCACCGGACAAAUGGCCCCCAGCAGCACGGAGGCCCUCCCCCUCCAGGCCUCGCCCAGUGGUUUGGGUCAGACAUGCUGGAACAGCCACUCCCUUCCAUGCCGGCCAAGGUCAUAAGCGUAGAUGAAUUGGAGUUCCGGCCAUAAGAAAAUAAACACUGCUGGAUAGCAAGAUCUUUUUUUUCCUUUUUUCCCGUCUCCACCUCCUCGUUACCGUAAAAAUGUGAACUUUAAUUUGAAUGACGGUGCACAGACCUAGACAGUCUAACCAUGCCAUGCUUUGUCUUCAACCUUGAAGUCACUGCUUUUUGAAGAAGCUUAUCAGCAGGAAAGGGAAGACGAGUGAUGGCCAUUUGCUUUGCCGACUGAGUGAACAUUUUUCUUUUGUAUUAGGCUUUGCGCAGUAAAUAAUGUAUAGGCCCAAUUGUACAGACCAUGGGAAAGAACCUUAUUCUCCCUGUAUAUAGAUUUUUUUUUUUUUCUUGAAAUGGGGAAGGUGAAACUGUCUCUCACAGCUUCCAAUUGAACUGCAGGAUAGAGUCCCCAAGAGUUGGUAGCAUUCCUUUGUCUUUUCCAACUUGAACUUCCCUGCUGAACUGCACUGAGGAAGGGCUACUGCUAGUGAAACAUGUUGGACUGAUGAGUAACUCCAGUGUAUACUCUUCCCCUUUUGUGGCAUGGCUAGUGGCCCUUUUCUGUAGAUGUGACUGGCUGGAGCAUUUCAAAACAACUCCGCGGGAUGCAGCGAGUGCAGGUUGUGCCUUUCUUUGUGGGUUUUUUCUUCUGUUUAAACUGUAUCCUCUCCCAUCCAUUCUGUCACUGAGGGGAGCAGCAUUGCUCACAUUGUCAAUUUGUUGAGGGUGGUUGGGAUUCAGUUUGUUUAUGUGCUAUUAAGUUAUAAAAAGCACAAAUAGAAUUAAUAAAUAAAUUCAGUAAACACAA